CUUUUCUAUCCAGCUAUUUACAUCCUUAUUGACCAACCGAUGAAAAUCAAUAUAAAACCAGCUCAGCGCCGUUGUUCAUAUCUUCUCGAACUUCAAUUGAUUUUCCAAUUGUUUUCUUCGAUAUUGUCUCUUGCAUAUAUCCUUUACUUAUCUUUCACCCAACUUACUUUAUCGGUUUCAACUAGAAAUGUCAAAGGUUGCUAUUCUUGCUUACUCCAUGUAUGGUCAUAUCUUUACAUUGGCUGAUUCUCUCAAAAAAGGUGUUGAAUCUGCUGGUGGAACUGCUGACAUUUAUCAACUUCCAGAGACUUUGUCCGAAGAAACUCUACAGUUGUUACAUGCCCCUGAAAAGCCAUUUGAUAUUCCAAUUGCUACUCUAGAAACUUUACAAUCUUACGACUCUUUCUUAUUCGGUAUUCCAACAAGAUUUGGCAAUGUUCCUGCCCAAUGGAAAAGCUUUUGGGAUUCAACUGGUGCUUUAUGGGCUAACGGUGCUCUUCAUGGUAAAACUGUCGGCUUUUUUGUUUCGACUGGUACUCCAAAUGGUGGUCAAGAAACCACUGUCAGAAACAGUAUUUCAAUGGUUGCUCAUCAUGGUAUGAUUUACAUUCCUUUGGGCUAUAAAGGUGUUAUGCCUCAGCUAUCGAAUUUGGAUGAAGUUCAUGGUGGCUCUCCCUGGGGUGCAGGAACUUUAGCUGGAGCUGAUGGUUCAAGAAAACCUUCAGAGCUAGAAUUGAAAGUCGCCUUUAUUCAAGGUUUAGAGUUUUAUAAUACUUCUAAAAAAUUUAUAUCCAUUCCAGAUUCUGUCAAAGUUUCUUCUUCCAAUACUCCAUCUUCUGUUCCUCCAUCUCAAUCAAACUCAAUAAAACCUGAUGCCGCGGUUAGCCCUGAAAAGAAAUUGUCCAAAAGAGAGAGAAUUCGUCGUCUUUGUGUCAUAAUGUGAUUUGCUUUAACUGUAAUUAUUUUGUUGUUAUUCUAUUCCAUUAGUAUUCUAUUUUAUUAUCACUCCUUUUCUUUGUUUUCCCUGAGUUUUAUCUAUAUUUAUCUCCAAUUUUUACUUAAUUGAUCUUUUUGCUUUAUUUUGAUUGCACUUUUUUACUUUUGUUUUCUUUCUUUUUUUUUCAGGUUUUAAUUAAACUAUUAAAUCUCCAAUAAUAAAUAAUUUAGACUCUUAAUAU